AUGGCAGGUCUGGAGGUCUUCAACCUCAUCCCGCAGGUGGACUUCGGCAGCAGCUCACCAAACCGCUGGGAGGACACUAACCCGGAGCAGCGAGAGGAGGAGAGGCCCCGGGUCAUGACAUAUGUACGCAAGGGCUCAAAGACAAGGGCACAGCAACACCGGUCUGUGCAAAGCAGGGAUCUGCUAUGGGUCAGUGUAAAUGGCUGCCACAUUCUCAAUGUGUACAGACAGCUGGGACAGACGCAGUCAUGGACUAUCUGA